CUUUACCCUUCCUCCCCUCCCCUUCUCUCUCCAUGGGCAUUGGGAGGAGGGAGGGGCAGCCUGGCAGCCCUGCCAGGGAGGGGCAGCUGAGCCCUAUGGGCCAGGGAGUGGCCCCAGCACCCACAGCUGUGCCCCCCCCACACACACUGGGCACAGCCAGGAGGGAGUGGAGGCCUCAGCUCUGUCUGCUCCCCCCAGACUCACACCUCCCUUGUUCUCAGCUUCCUCUUUUUCACAGACUUAAAAGCCUCUCCCAAGUCUCUUGCCUUCCUAAUGGAGCCCAGAGGCCACAGGGAGGAGCCGAGGAGCAGGAGCAGCGGCCGCUGAGGCAGUCCCUGGGGAGCUCCCUGUGCCACGAAUCGCACUGGAAGUGCCUGCUGCUCACGCUGCUCAUCCACGCCUGCGGGGCCGUCAUGGCCUGGUGCCGCCUGGCCACGGUGCCAAGGCUGGUCCUGGGGCCCGAAGCCACCCUGGCACGGGGGGCCGGCGGUCCGCCCCCCACCUACCCGGCCAGCCCCUGCUCUGACGGCUACCUGUACAUCCCGCUGGCCUUCGUGUCGCUGCUGUACCUCCUCUACCUGGCCGAGUGCUGGCACUGCCACGUGCGCUCCUGCCAGGCCCCGCGCACCGACGCGCACACGGUGCUGGCGCUGAUCCGCCGGCUCCAGCAGGCGCCGCCGUGCGUGUGGUGGAAGGCCACCAGCUACCACUACGUGCGCCGCACCCGCCAGAUCACCCGCUACCGCAACGGGGACGCCUACACCACCACGCAGGUGUACCACGAGCGCGCCGACAGCCGCACGGCGCGCGGGGAGUUCGACUACUCGGCGCACGGCGUCCGCGACGUGUCCAAGGAGCUGGUGGGGCUGGCGGAGCACGCGGCCACCCGGCUGCGCUUCUCCAAGCGCUUCAGCUUCGGCAGCGCGGAGGCCGAGGCCGCCUACCUCACGCAGCGCGCCCGCUUCUUCGGCGCCCACGAGGGCCUGGACGACUACCUGGAGGCGCGGGAGGGCAUGCAGCUCAAGGACGUGGACUUCCGCGACUCGCUGCUGGUCUUCGCCGACCCGCGCCGGCCUCCCUGGUACGCGCGCGCCUGGGUCUUCUGGCUCGUGUCGGCCGCCACGCUGUCGUGGCCGCUGCGCGUGGUGGCCGCCCGGGGCACGGCCCACGUGCACUACCAGGUGGAGAAGCUCUUCGGGGCCGUCUCGCCGCCGCCCCCCGGGGCUGUGCCCAGCGCCCCGCCGCUGUCGCGCGUGGCCACCGUGGACUUCACGGAGCUCGAGUGGCACAUCUGCUCCAACCGCCAGCUGGUGCCCAGCUACUCCGAGGCAGUGGUCAUGGGCGCCGGCACGGGCACCUACCUCCGCGGCUGCCAGCGCUGCCGUCGCUCGCUCAGCAGCAACUCGCUGCCGCCCUCGCGGCCGGCCGCCCGCCUGCCCUUCAGCCGCAGCCGCCUGUCCCUGGGGGCCAGCGGCCGGGUCACCACCGGGGUCUUCCGGAGCCUGAGCGGGGGUCCCCUGGGGCGGCGCGGCGAGGAGGACACGGAGCCCCUAGAGAGCCCGCCGUGCUACGAGGACGCGCUCUACUUCCCGGUGCUCAUUGUCCACGGGGACGGUGGCUGCGGGGGGGACGGGCAGUCGGAGCGUUGACACCCUCCAGGCCCCCGCUGCGCCCUCCCACCAGGAGUCUGAUUCCAGAGUCAAGUCCAGAACAAAGAAGAGAGACCAGCCAGCACGGGACAGGGUGGGGGGUGGAGUCCAAACAGAAGGAAUGUAGUGAUUAGGGGGGCUCAUGAAAAUGUGGGGGUCUCCCGGGGGCGUGUGGGAUCCCCGAGAUCGGGUCUGUAACCCCCAGCUUGGCUCUCCCCACCACCACACCAACCAUUCCCUCCCCUUCAUGGGGCUGAUGGCCUGGCUUGGGUGCCUCAGGCUGGGCGAGGGGGCGGCGGUUCUAAAAAGCCUGGGGUGAGAGGGGUAGCGGAGGUGUCCUGAGAACAGCUGUUGCUGCAGCAGGAGACUGUCUGUGGCUUCACCCCUGCAUGGCUGAGGCUGCCUUGGGUGCCCUCAUGCCACCCAGAAGCACAAAUUGGUGGUUUGGGGCCACCCCCAGCCUUUGAGAGAGAUGUGAGACUGUAGAGCCAGUAGACCUGCAGCAACCCUCUGUCGGGGCCCUGCCACUAGGAGCACAGACUUGCCCUCCUCCACUCUCAAGCUCCCCCCUGCUGCACCCGUCCCCACAAACCCAGCUCCCCUUCAACCUGGGGCUCCUUCCCACAGCCCCCCUCAACCCAGGCCCCGUCUCUGCUGCUGCCCCUGCAGUCCGUGUCCACCUGUGACCACGCGCACACACACCCCUCUCUCUCUCUCCUCCUUCCCUGACUCCACCUUCCUGAUAGCACACAGGGCCCAGGACCACCGGGCAUCCGAGGGGCCCUGACCACAGCCUCCUGGACGAUGCCCCGGCUCAGCUGUGGAGGCCCCCGAGAAUACCAUCCCUCGCCAACAGAGGAGAGAGAAGUCCCUUCCCUUCCAACUGGGGCUUCCACCCCCUCUCAGGGGCUGGUGGGGGAGGGAGGAGGCUGAGGAGAGGUGGAGAAAAUAAAUGGUGUGAACCAGAA